UGGCGGCGGCGUCACGCAUCCCGGAGGAACCAGCCGGGUGACUCGACUCUGACUGCGGCCUGAAAAGUGGCCGGGAUGAAUGGCGCUCAGGGAAAAUGGGGAUUAGGACAUUCUUCUCCCUGUUUUCCAUACAGUCAGCGGCAGCGCCUGAAUGCGGCCGCCCUGCAGGCACGGCCGCGGAUCCAGGAGCGGGGCUUAACUCGGAGGUAAUGAGUGUGUAAACGAGCUGCGCGGCGGCCAACAAAGACGUCUUGGGACGCGCGCUCCUUUGUCUGCGGGCGAGUCCUCACCUUUUCUCAGUGAAAUCUGCGGCGGAUUGUCUGCGUGCAACAGGAGGUAGGGAUUAAAGAUGCAACAAAUGGUGGCGCGGUACUGGCCCGGGGGCGGGGCCCAGCGACACCCACAAUUAAAGAUGAACUUUGAGUGAACUAAUUUAUCUGAGGGAGGAGAAGGUAACGAGGCCGGCCGCUCCCGGUGCCGUAUAAAAAGCCCAGAGGAGCCGCUCCGAGCUUCAGAGAGUCCACCGAGUCUCACCUGCCCACAUCAUGGCUGUGAACACGCUGCUGGCCACCGUCCUCUGCACCAUCGUGCUGCCGCUGCUGCUCUUCUUAGUGGCCGUCAAGCUGUGGGAAGUUUACUUGACCCGAGGCAGAGAUCCGAGCUGCCCGAGACCGCUGCCCCCCGGAUCCAUGGGUUUACCGUUCAUUGGAGAGACGCUGCAGCUCAUCCUGCAGCGAAGGAAAUUUUUGCAGAUGAAGAGGCAAAAGUAUGGCUACAUCUAUCGGACUCACCUCUUUGGGAACCCGACGGUCCGCGUCUCUGGCGGCGAGAACGUGCGUCAGAUUUUGCUUGGGGAGCACAGGCUGGUGUCCGUGCAGUGGCCCGCCUCGGUGCGCGCCAUCCUGGGGUCGGACACACUGUCAAACAUGCAUGGCACGCAACACAAAGGCAAGAAAAAGGCCAUCAUGAGGGCGUUUUCCAAAGAAGCUCUUGAACUUUACAUCCCAGUGAUCCAGGAGGAGGUUCGUGCCGCAGUGGAGGAGUGGCUAUCCAGGGACUCCUUUGUGCUGGUCUACCCUGAGAUGAAGCGGCUGAUGUUCCGCAUCGCCAUGAGAAUCCUGCUGGGUUUUGAGCCUGAGCAGAUUAAAACUGAUGAGCAAGAGCUGGUGGAGGCCUUUGAGGAGAUGAUCAAGAACCUUUUCUCUCUGCCUAUCGAUGUUCCUUUCAGCGGACUGUACAGGGGUCUGAAGGCGAGGAACUUCAUCCACUCCAAAAUUGAGGAGAACAUCAAGAAGAAGUUGCAGGAGACAAACAAGGAGUCCAAGCACCGAGACGCUCUGCAGCAGCUAAUAGACAGCAGCAGGAAGAAUGGAGAGCCCUUCAGUAUGCAGGCCAUUAAGGAGUCUGCGACUGAGCUGCUGUUUGGCGGUCACGAGACCACUGCCAGCACUGCCACAUCUCUCAUCAUGUUCCUCUCCCUGAACCCAGAAGUGAUGGACAAACUGAGACAAGAACUCAUGGACAAGGUGGAGAAUGGAAUGGACCUGCAGGGUCUGAACAUUGAGUCCUUGGAGCAGCUCAAGUACACCGGCUGUGUCAUCAAAGAAACACUGAGAAUCAACCCACCGGUACCUGGAGGCUUCAGGGUCGCUCUGAAGACGUUUGAACUCAAUGGCUAUCAGAUUCCAAAAGGCUGGAAUGUCAUCUACAGCAUCUGUGACACCCACGAAGUGGCUGACAUCUUCCCGAACAAAGAGGAUUUCCAGCCAGAGCGCUUCAUGACCAAGUCCUCCAGUGACUCCUCCAGAUUCCAGUACAUCCCCUUCGGUGGGGGCUCGCGCAUGUGUGUGGGAAAGGAGUUUGCCAAAGUUCUGCUCAAGAUCUUCCUGGUGGAAGUGGCCACCAAAUGUCACUGUACUCUCCUAAAUGGGCCGCCGACGAUGAAAACCGGACCCACGGUGUAUCCUGUGGACAACCUGCCCACUAAGUUCACCAGCUAUGAUAACAAAUGACUCUGAGACCACUAGUCAUGGUACUUUGGAAGAACAGCUGCUGCUCAGAAUCAAAGGCUGACCACUUCUUCGUUGCUGCGCCUGUGUUCCUAUUUUUGUCAUGACCUGUACAAAGUGUAGAUGACUUGAGAAUGUAUUUUAUAUCUUCCUGUUAAUAUGGAUUUGUACAUAUCUCCCUCCCGAGAGGAUUUUACUUAACAAAAGGCACUAUUUACUGACAUUGAACACUUUACUGAUCUCAGCGGUGUAUCUAUAGCAACAUGUACAUAUGUAAUGUAGAGUCUGUCUUUAUAACUUUGUAUUUACUGCAGCUUAUUUAAGUGACGUAUGUUAUAUUGGAGGGGAUUUUUAUUUAAUAAAGCAAA